AUGGUCCUAACUAGCUCCACUCGUAUGGCCACCAACCCAGGUCUGGCUUCUCCUCAGCUGAGCGAUGCUGGAAGUACCAAGUCAACCGGGUCGAAUCGAUCUACCAGGUCCGCUGGUUCGACUGGAUCCACCAGGUCCGUCCGAAUCGCCGAAGACAAGGGGCCAAUAGGUCCAGGACAGUAUACCGCAGGCGCUGAGGAGGCUGGCCCAAAGAAAGUCCUCAAGCGCUCGUCUGACGCUCCUCCUUCGGUGUCAACGACUCAGUACCAGCAGCUGAGGUUCAAGUGUCCCAAAGACCUUGACUUCACACUCGAGUAUGAAGAUGUUCUGAUGAUCGAGUGCACCCAAAACAACCAGUCAUUCGUCGACCAGGUCAAGCUGCUAAACCGUCUUCGAGUCGCACUGCUCAGAGCUCCAACCCACCAGAACGACGAGCUAAUCGACAUGCACGAGAAGGUCACUAUGUCUGUCAACCGAGCCAUCCUGAAGAUGCGCCAUCAGCAGCUCACAUGCUAUCUUGACUUCAUUGGCAGCUUGUUCGUCUGCUAUAUCGAGUCGUUUACAUACCCUUCUCGACUUGACUUCUGUCUGGACGUCAGCGACCCAUGGCACCUGCCGCAAAGUCAGAGCAACAUGCCGUUCAUCAUUCAGUUCGACAGGAUGUAUGUGAUCCGAAUGCGGCUGACUGUGUUCGCAAAGCACGAUGAUGGCCAGUUCACUGAGAGGCUUGCGCAGAUGGAAAGGAGAGUAACGCAGGUGAUUGAUGAUAUGAUGAGCUACCAGGCCGAGCUACGAGAAAGGUAUAUCUAUGAGCACAGGCACUCUAGCAUGAGCCGAAGGAGGCCGAAUGGACGAAGGGGGCACGAGCCGCCACCCCCGUACUCGGCGACUCCCUCACGAAGGGGAUAG